AUGCCCACACAGACACGCUUCCUCUAUAGCAUACUUGCAACACUUAUCUUUCUCCUCUUCUCAACCAUCGGUAUUAUAUUCAGUUCUACUGGCAGCUUAGUCAGUCUCUCGCAGAAGUUCCAAAUCCAUGUCUGCCCAAGCGAGUCCUCUCGCCGUACACCUCCAAUCACUCGAAAGUUCCAGUCAUUGACUCCAUUACUGGGAACGCAGGCCAGUGCCGCUCUACCUCAUGAUACAGACCGCUCAUGGGAAUCUCUCCUCCUCCCUCAGAAUGGUGGUAUCCUGAAGGUCCGGACAGACAACAACACCAUCACCGACUACGGCAUCUCCAUGUUCCACCAGCUUCAUUGUCUAACCGUCCUUCGGGGGCUGAUUUUCCCUGAAUCUUCUCAGCAUCACGGUGCUUCGACCUCGCCGUCCCAUUCAGGUGAUGACCACGAGGAUGCAGUGCACUGGGCUCAUUGCUUCGAUUAUAUUGCCCAGGCCAUUAUCUGUGCAGCAGAUGAUACUAUUGAGCCACCUCAUCCAGCGAUUAAUAAGGAUGGGAACCGGAUCCUCGUUAUCGAUGGGAUUGGAUAUACGCAUCAGUGCAGGGACCCGGAGCCGUUAUGGAGGGCUAUUCGAGACAGUGGGAGCAAUCCAGUUGACCUUUCUCUAGUGGAGGAUACUGUUGAGAAUAGUGAGUUUCCUCUGAAUGAGGAAACUACCUGUCAGGGUGAUUGUUUGAUGCCGGAGCCGUACCAAGCUGAACGAAACUAG